GGAACAGGGCCAUAGGACCCGGCGGUGCGGGGAUAACAUCCACGCUGCCAUCCCGGGCCAGCUGAUCCACACUGCGGGCGCCAGCCGCUGCAAUAUUGCCGGGUGGUGCGACUUCACUGUCAGGCUAUACAUAACUUAUUAGUAUACAUCCCCAGCCCCUGGCUUGCUCCUAGCCCCCACUCGCUCGCCCACACCUCGCCGCAAUGGCUGCAUCUUCGCGGGACGUCUAUCUCGUCAUCGGCGGUAGCGGCUUCCUUGGCCGGCACAUCGUCGACGCACUCCUGGCCCGCAACGACGCCGUCUCGGUCUUUGACAUUGUCCAGAGACACCAUGACGUCCCCUUCUACUCAGGAGACAUCAGCGAGGAGGGACAGGUGUCCGACGCACUGCGCAAGAGCGGGGCGACCUGUAUUAUCCACACCGCCUCCCCCCCACAUGGCAUGGACGACCCUGCACUGUACUGGAAGGUCAAUGUGGAUGGAACCAAGGCUGUCAUAGCAGCCGCGGUCGCAACUGGCGUGUCAAAGCUGGUUUACACGAGCUCGGCAGGCGUGGUCUUCAACGGGGAAAGCCUCAUCAACGUUGACGAGCGGUUACCACCCCCGCCCAAGGCAAUGGACGCCUACAACGAGUCCAAGGCCAAGGCGGAGGAGAUGGUGCUCGAGGCUAACGGCAAGGGUGGGCUCUACACAGUCGCACUGCGGCCCGCAGGGUUGUUCGGUCCCGGCGACCGCCAGCUCAUCGCCGGUUUGUACGAGGUCUACCAGAACGGCCAGACGCACUACCAGAUCGGCGAUAACACGAACCUCUUCGACUGGACGUACAUCGAAAACGCCGCCUACGCCCACCUGCUCGCCGCGGACCGCCUCCGCCCCCUGUCGCCCGAGGAGGUCGCCGAGCUGAAGGAGCAGCUGCAAUAUGCGCUGCCCUACAUCAGCUGCACGACCGGCGCGCGCAAGAUGCCCACGUCCGAGUGCCGCCCGCUCGGGCCCUACGUGACGCCCCCGCCGAACGUAGACCGGUUCACCGCGCACUGGAAAGACCCAGACUACAAGGGCAACGCGCCGAAGCCCGCCGUGCGCGGCCGCUUCGACCCGCUCGCGCCCGCCGCGCUCGAGCGCGACGACGACGCGCCGCUGCAGGUCGCGGGCCAGGUGUUCUUCAUCACGAACGGCGAGCCUAUGUACUUCUGGGACGUGCCCCGCAUCGCGUGGCGCUUCUUCGACGAGCACUUCGGCACGGACAAGACGAAGCGCAGCGUCAUCCGCCUCCCGAGGGACGUCGGCAUGGUCCUCGCGAGCGGCGCGGAGUGGUGGGCGUGGCUCGUGGGCAAGAAGCCGGGCUUCACACGCUUCAGGGUGACGUUCAGCUGCGUGUGGAGAUGUCAUAAUAUCGAAAGGGCACGCCGGGUGCUGGGCUAUGAGCCGCAGGUGGGUAUGGACGAGGGGUUGAAGAAGACACUCGAGUGGUGGGUGGCGGAUAAACAAAAGAGCCAAAAGGCGUGACGAUGUGCACAUUUUCGGUCUGCUUGCACCUCUGGAACUGUUACCAUCUCGAUACACCCCCUCGUCACUCGGGUCUUUUGGCUCAUCAUGUACCAUACAUCCCGCUAAUCCACUGCCACAUGGAUCUCAUGCCGAAUAGACCCAGGACUGCAUAUGCGUAUCUAGGUUUUAUUGCGCCGGGAAAUAUGUACACAGCAGUCGGCGCGAACAUGUCAGCAAGGAAAGCAACAAGACAUGGACUAAGACAGGUUCAUCAAUAGAUAAAGAAAAGCACUAGAUGCCGACCAGAUACACCGUAAAUACGUCGUUACGGCUAGGGUGAAGUCGCAUCUGCGUGUGCACAGCGAGCGACCCCACCCGCGACUGACUCGCGUUACCCGUUUGGAGCUCCCAGUUCGACGCUCAGAAGUCGACGUGGGAUUUGCUGCAGACGAGUGAGAAC